AUGUUCUCCAUCCAGUCCCAGCACUCUCACCUGGUGAUCCAGCAGCUGUUGGGUCACCUGGACGCCAACAGCAGGAGUCCGGCCUCGGUGCGAGCCGGGAUCGUCGAGGUCCUGUCUGAAGCUGCUGUCAUCGAGGCCGCCGGGUCUGUAGGCCCCACGGUGCUCGAGGUGUUCAACACGUUACUGCGACAGCUCCGGCAGAGCGUCGACUACCAGCUGACCGGUUACUACGACAACGCCGGAAAACAGAAAACCACCUCGGCUGAAGAGAAGAAGCUGCAGGACGCUGUCAUCAAAACUAUAGGAUCCUUCGCCAACACGCUGCCCACCUACCAGAGGUCAGAGGUCAUGCUGUUCAUCAUGGGGAAGAUCCCUGUUCCCGGGAUCUACCCCGCCCUGGGGUCACCCAACGCCGGGUUUGAAGGCAGCAGAAUGAUCCAGGUGAUGCUGCUGAAGUCUCUCCUCCAGGUUUCGGAGCGCUAUGAGAGCAGUAACCUGCUGACGGCGCUGCCCUCGUCCUUCCUGGAGCCGCUGCUGUCCUUCACCCUGAUGGAGGACCCGGAGAUCCGUCUGCUGGUCCUCUCCAUCCUCACCUCGCUCAUCGACAGACGCCGCAACGCCGCCAGACUCUCGACUGCCAGUGUGACGUUUGAUGUGUCGGUGUUGGAGCUGAAGGAGGACAGGUGCUCUCGACAGGACAACCUGUUCAUCAGGAAG